AUGCCUGGCUCCUCCUCAGCUAAAAGCGAGAGACACCUCAAGGGGCACCGCAGUGUGAGCCUGUUCUAUGACACAGGGUACAACGGAUACCCAGAGGAGGGCUCCGACCCUUGGAAAUCAGUCUGGGAUGUGAAGACGGGCUAUGUUGCCACCAAGGUAUUGUCAAAACACACCUGCAUCAUCUCGAAAAUGGAUGAUAGUUUCCUGUUCGAUAGCAGGUUUCCUGAGCCACCUCUAGGCAACCAGGGAUCUGACCCUCGCCAGCUUCCACCCAGAGAGAAUCGCCUCCUCAUCUCAAGAGACAGGCUCCAAAGCUUGCGCCCAUAUGGAAAACGCAUCCAAGCUCUGUGCAGAGGGAUUCCCUCUUACCUGGCUUACCCAGCUGCUGUAUUUGUAUCCACAAGGAAAAGAGUGCGAGACAAGGUAGAUAAGGUGGUUGCCUAA